AUGGUGGACAAAUUCAUGCAGGACACAGUGACCCCGCCUCAUCACCAGCUGGUCCUUAAGAGGUGGGCAAGUCACAGUGCUGCCUGCGGGCAGGUCUCACAGACACUGGUCCUGCCCCCUGCAAAUGGCGAGACCACCCAGGCUGGCCAGACCCUCCUCCCUGUGCUCUUGGAUCUGAGUGACUUAGGGGGGGGCUCAAGCUGCAUGCUUGAAGGAGACAGAUGUGGUUGGAUCAUUGAACGGGUGUCUAAAGAUACGCAGGGCCCUGGGGGCAAAAGCAGGAACACAGCCAACGGGGCAGAGACUCACCCAUGGCAGCCAGAGCCGGGGUGCAGCGGGAUGCAGUGGGAGGGCCCCGUGGCCAGGCGGGUCACCGCGGGUUUGCAUCCCAGCUGA